AUGAGUGGUUACCAAUACCUGGACGUGAAGCUGAAACUCCGUGAUCCAGAUUCCGUGACCUUGACGCCCGUUUUCCUCUGCGGCUGCACUAACUCCUUGGCCAGUAUUUUCGGCGAAAUCGGUGGCCAAACCGCGCUGGAAAUUGUGAAAUUCAGCUCUAGCCAAAAGCGAUCAAUUUUCCGGGUGCCCGAGGAUUUCCUGGAACGCGUCCGCAUAGCCAUAUCCCUGAUAGGCUACUACCAGGAGGAGCCCUGCCAUUUCCAGGUGCUAACAUCCCGAAAGCCAUUGGACUUCGAGGAACCCGACGCGGAAUUCAUAGCAUUUAACUAGGAUGUCGUUUUCCUACUGCAAGGAGUACGGCAAGGACAAGGUGAUCUUCGUCACCAAGGAGGAUCAUGCCACGGCCAGCACCAUCGAGCUGCCGCCACCGGAACAGCCGGAGGGUGUGAUCACCAAGGACGGCAAGAUCAACUGGAGUUGUCCCUGUCUGGUGGAAUGGCCACCGGUCCCUGUGGCGUCGACUUCCGCGAGGCCUUCUCCUGCUUCCAGAACAGCACCGCCGAUCCCAAGGGAUCCGACUGCUACGAGGCUUCACCAAGAUGCGCGACUGCUUCCAGAAGUAUCCCACCGUUUACAACAAUCGGCGGCGAUGACGACGACGAUGAUGCCAUGGGCGAUGCCUUGGACACGGAUGCUGGGUCUAUUGGCGGCCAGAACGCAGAUCCGCUGGCGGAUGUGGGCAAUCCUGGAGGCGGCGAUGAGGCGGUGCCCCCAAAGCAACUCGGUGGUGCCCAAGGCCUAGGUUGGAGAGCGGGUGUCGUAUUCAAAUUACUUAAAGAUAAGAGCUAGGUGUGACUUCGUACAAAAUAAAUAAAGCUUGUCAUAGUUCUGGGCCAUUCGGCUCCAAUCAUA